AUGGCACAGAACACAGAAGAGAUUGCUACCAUGAUGGCAACUUUGAGAACCAUGGAUCAAAGGUUGGCCGCACAGGAUGAAGUCAUCGCUGAUCUGCGAUGCCCAUCUGAGGCAUCUGCAUCUACCGUCCUAAAUCCUCAAGAGAUGUUUCCAACAGCUUUAGCUUACAGACCUCCGGUACAACCUCCUACGGGAACCAUUCCCUUCGAUAUCAAUGAAUUUGAUCUAGCCAUGAUCAAAAUUGCUAGGCUUGAGAAAGCCUUGAAGAAAUCCCAAGGUUUCAAUUCAAUUCCUGACAUUGAAGACGGGUACACUGAGGCUUUAGUAAGGUUGCCAGAAAAAUUCAAAAUGCCUCACAUCGACAGAUUUGAUGGGAGCGGGGAUCCGAUUAUGCAUGUCCUCCUAUAUUCAGAUGUGUUAAGGCCCAUGGGUUUAUCUAGGGCACAAAAACUCUCAUUAUUUGGAAGGACCCUGUCAGAUGUAGCGGCCAUCUGGUACGCCAAACUGGAGGACUCAACGAAGCGGAAUUGGGUAGAACUGUGUGAGGGGUUUGUUAACCAAUACUCAUACAAUACUCAGAUAGAAGUAACAAUCAGUGAGCUGGAAGCAACCACUCAAAACCAUAAAGAACCCUUCAUUGACUUUGUGGCAAGAUGGAGGGCAAAGGCAGAUAAAAUGACGAGCAGACCUUCUGAAAGAGAACAAGUCAGUACCAUUGCUACAUCAUUGGCCAAGAUGGUCGAUCCCUUUUCUGCUGCCACAAACUCAUAA